AUUUCUUUCCCAGGGCAAAAGAAACGUAACACCAUUCUUCCAUCGGGCCAAGAAAAUUGGUUGCCGCCGAUCAGAUGGCGACGACGGCUCUCCGGCGGUAUGGUUCCCAACUGAAGAAAAUGUGGGAAAUAGCGGGUCCGGCCAUGAUCACCGAAAUAUCUCAGUUCUCCAUCGCCCUCGUCACUUCAGCUUUCGUCGGCCACAUCGGACCUCUGCAGCUCGCCGCCGCUUCCAUCGUCCUCAACGUCCUCGAAGAGUUUGCCCUCGGAUUCAUGUUGGGAAUUGGGAGCGCAUCGGAGACUCUAUCGGGGCAAGCAGUGGGAGCGGAAAAGCUGUACAUGCUGGGAAUCUACAUGCAAAGGUCAUGGCUGCUCUCAAUCGCCACUGCUCUGCUUCUAACUCCAAUCUACGUCCUGGCGUCCCCAAUUUUCCACACCCUACUUGGGCAGGAGAAGCAGAUUUCGGAGCUCGCUGGGAGGUUUGCUGUAUGGAUGGUGCCGCAGCUGUUCUUCUUUGCCCUGAAUUUCCCAAUGCAGAAGUUUCUGCAGGCGCAGAGCAGGGUUUGGGUUUUGGCUGGGAUUUCUAGCGCAGUACUUUCUGUUCAUGUCUUGUUGAAUUGGGUGUUCGUUUCGAAGCUCGGGUAUGGGAUCAUAGGUGCAGCUGUUGUUGGGGAUGUCUCCUGGUUCUUGUUGGUUGUGGCACAAGUUGUGUACAUGGUGUGGGGCAGUUUCGAUUCCUGGACGGGUUUCUCGACCAAGGCGUUCUCCUCUUUCCCGGCUUUCGCCAAGCUUUCUCUGGCUUCCGCUGUACUGUCAUGCUUGGAGAUAUGGUACCCGACGAUGGUGAUUCUGAUGGUGGGAUGGUUAGAGAACCCUGAAAUUGCAGUUGCUGCCUCUUCCAUCUGCUUGAACUUUCAAUACUGGGCAUGGAUCAUUGCUGCAGGAUUCAAUGCUGCUAUCAGCGUCCGAGUGGCUAAUGAACUGGGAGCUGGAAACCACGAAGCGGCGAAACUGUCAAUCGCAGUCACGAUUUGCGCAUCUACAGUGGUCGGAGUAACAUUCUCGACAGUGGUGUUGGCCUCAAAGAACGAAUUCCCGAAGCUCUUCUCUUCGGAUGCUGAAGUCAUCCGAGAAGCAGGAAACUUGGCUUACUUCUCUGCGGCUGUGAUCUUCCUUGACAUUAUCAUGCCUGUACUCCAUGGCGUGGCAGUCGGAGCAGGGUGGCAAAGCCAGGUUGCAGUGGUUAACAUCGUGUGUUACUACAUCGUGGGGCUUCCGUUGGCAGCCAUGCUUGGGUACACAUUCGAGUUCGGAGUAAAGGGUAUAUGGUCAGGGAUGGUGGUUGGAUGUGUACUUCAGAUGGCUUUCUUACUGUUCGUGAUCCACACGACAAACUGGGAAACUGAAGCAUCGAAGAGCGAGGCGCGAAUGAAGGACUGGGGUGAGAUUUCUGAGACUCAACCGAUUGUAGGUGAUACAGAGGAAAAUGAAUUGGAGGAGAGCAGCUUUGAAGGAAGACAGAGUUAAAACUUGGAGAAUAGAAUAAUUUUUUGGUUAAUUCUUGUACAGGGGGGCCGAUCCAAGUAUCCAACCGAUGCAGUAGUCUUUUAGGGUUUUUUUUUAUCCUUUCUCCAAUAUAUUAGUGUCUCUUGAGAAGUGCAAUUAAGUCAUUUGGUCGGAUUAACAGUGGACAACUUGAGAAAUAAGAUAUUGAUCAAAUUGCAACGGGUUGGGUUCACGGUUCAGGCCUUCAGGG